AGCCCACACAGUGCAGUUCAGAGGCUGGGGGGGAACUGGAUGGUGCCUGCAGCCCCCACUGCCCACUCAGGGCACAAAGUGGCCACAUCUGCCCAUAAAACCAUCCUGAGCCGCUGGUCUGAAGCUGCCCAGUUUGGGAACAGGAGCAGGAAUGGGGCUGGAGGGAUUUCCUGCCCACUCAGGGACCUGCAGCAGCCAAACUGGUCUGGUGGUGGCUUCUGUUCUCAAGCUGGGAGACAGAAAUGCCAAAGGAAUGCUGGAGUUCAGGGCUCUGAUGUUCCUUUCUUUGUGUUUAUUAUGCUGAACGCUAAAAGCUUAAUAUCUUCCUGGCCUAAGAGCCCAAAGAAUUUCUUUCUUGCCUUUAAUUUCCAAUUAGCUGAGCCUCUCAAGCCUCCCAGCUCUGCCCCUGAGGCUGUGUUAUCAUCCCACCCUCCGUGCAGAGGAGCUUCCGAAAUGGAUGGAACUAAUCAUCCUGGAAAAACUCCGGCUGCAUUUCCAGGCUCUGGCUGCAAAAGUGGAGCCUGGAUUUCAAAUCCUGCAGCGACAAAUGGAUUAUUUCGGUGGCAAAUUGCUCCCUGGGGAGCAACAAUUUGGGGAGCUGAAGGCUGGAACUGGGAAGCAGCAGAUCAAUUCCCUCACUUAGCCAAGGUUAAUGCCCUGCAAACUGCCCUGAGUGCAGCAGGGAAGGAGAACUCGGCUCUGCCUGUCCGAGGGGAGCCUCAGGAAUGUGUCAGAGGGAAAAGGGGGAAGUUUGGAAUGAGGGAAGCCCACGGAUUUGCUGGUAAAACCUGGGGGUUGUUUCUGUGGGAUUUGACUAAAAGAAGUGGAACUGGUAUCUCCAAAAAGGAGGCUGUGAGCAGUAGUGGAAGUGGCAGUUCCCAUACCUGUCACCUCCUGCCUAACCCAAACAUCAUGGACAGCAUCCCAAAAUUCCUGGUUUCACAUAAAGGACCUUCUCAGUUUGGACACUCUUAUUCUCCCCAAUGACAACAGUGUUGAAAUAACCCCAUGGAGCUGAAGAAGGACCUGUGGAAGGAAAUAAACUCCUGCUUAUUUAUUUCCACGAGUAGGCAGAUAAAUUCCAUCAGCAAUUCCAUCUGCCAGGAAGAAGAGGAGUUGCUGGAAUAGCUCAUUGUCCAGUGCUGUGCUUGUAAGGUCACCAGAAAAACCCGUCCAGCUCAUCCCAGCAAGCUGCAGAGCCCUGUUCCACUGGUUCCCUGUCCUUCCUCCAGGUUUGGAACAGCUGCCCAGAGGAUUCUUCUGGUGCCAAAGAGAUAAUCUGAGCUCAGGGAAAAUCUUAGUUUGUGAGGGAGAGGGGCUGUCUCUGGCAGUAGAGGGAGUUGACCUUAACAGGAGUUGGGAUUGUUCAGCCUGGGGAAGAGGAGGCUCCAGGGCGACCUUAGGGCUCUUUCCAGUGCCUGAAGGGGUUCUGGGAGAGCUGGAGAGGGAUUUGGAAAAGGGCCAGGGAAAGGGGCAAUGGCUUCCCCAGAGGGCAGAGUUAGAUGGGAUAUUAGGGAGAAAUCCUUCCCUGUGAGGAUGGUGAGUCC